CUUUAGCGAAAAUGGCGACUGUUGCACCUGACUACGACAAGGCUGGGGAUGGGGAACAUGUCAACUUGAAAGUAAUAUGUCUAGGAGACAGUGCGGUUGGAAAAUCUAAGUUGGUGGAGAGAUUCCUUAUGGAUGGCUACAAACCACAACAGCUAUCGACAUUUGCCCUUACACUUUUCAAGUAUGAAACGGAGGUCAACGACCAGAAAGUGUGUGUUGAUUUCUGGGACACAGCUGGCCAGGAGAGAUUUAACAACAUGCAUCCGUCCUAUUAUCACCAAGCACAUGCCUGUAUACUGGUUUUUGACACAACAAGAAAAGUCACAUAUAAAAAUUUACCUAACUGGUUAAAAGAAUUGCGAGAAUAUCGUCCAGACAUACCAUGUUUAGUCGCUGGUAACAAAAUAGACGUUGAUAUUAGUGUAACAAAGAAAAGUUUUAAUUUUUCCAAGAAACAUGAAAUGCCAUUUUACUUUGUAUCUGCCUCGGAUGGCACCAAUGUUGUACGAAUGUUUAAGGAUGCUAUACGAGCAGCGGUAGCCUAUAAGUCCAAUUCAACUGAUUUUAUGGAUCAAAUCAUGCAGGAACUUGAGAACUUUGAGUUGGAAGAGGAACAGAAGGACAGCGGACUGGACUCUGGAGGAAACUCAGAAGACAAAGAGGAAGGAAAGGGGUACAAAGCUGACAGCUGAGGUCACAGGUCAAGGUCAUCUGACCUUAUCUCCUGAUUGUUAUGCAUCUAUUUAUUGACAUUUUAAAAAGACAAGUAAACAUCCACGGGUCAUCAUGAUGAAGCUGUAAUAUGCCUCUGUGUUUCCUGCCACAGGACUUGCCUCUUCUUUGUCAACCAUAUUUCUCUGUGUAGAAUUUCAUGUCAUUGAUCAACCAACUUACAAAGAUUUAUGGAGGACUGGGGCAUUGCUUUGUGACUAUUUACUUGUAAUGUUGUCGGACUGAUCAGUUAUAAUUAUGGACCAUGCCAUUUUAUAGUGUUAAGUUUUAUACUGCCACCAGACUGGUCCGUUGACAGGUGGAGAUAAGUCUUGUCUAUGGUAACUAUAUACUGUCACCAGACUGGUCCAUAUCACCAGGUGGAGAUAACUCUCGGCUACAGUUUGUCGUAGUAACUUUAUACUGCCAACAUGUUGGUGUUGUUACAAAGAAGGACAUAUCUUCAUGCUGAUUUAUUCGUCUGACUAAACAAUCUUAUCGUAGUGAUUUACUAGAAGCAUGUGAGUGCUAGUAAUGUUUUGAUUCCUGCUGUGGUUAAGAUUGAUCCCAUCAUCUCCAACACCAGUCUGAUUGGUAGAUUACUAUAGCUGUGUAAUUGUGGGGAGAUUUUUGUCGUCACAUGAUCUCCAACACCAGCCUGAUUGGUAGAUUACUAUAGCUGUGUAAUUGUGGGGAGAUUUUUGUCGUCACAUGAUCUCCAACACCAGCCUGAUUGGUCUAUUGCUGUGUAAUUGUGGGGAGAUUUUUGUUGUCACAUGAUCUCCAACACCAGCCUGAUUGGUAGAUUACUAUAGCUGUGUAAUUGUGGGGAGAUUUUUGUCGUCACAUGAUCUCCAACACAGCCUGAUUGGUCUAUAGCUGUGUAAUUGUGGGGAGAUUUUUGACGUCACAUGAUCUCCAACACCAGCCUGAUUGGUAGAUUGCUAUAGCUGUGUAAUUGUGGGGAGAUUUUUGUUGUCACAUGAUCUCCAACACCAGUCUGAUUGGUAGAUUACUGUGUAAUUGUGGGGAGAUUUUUGUUGUCACAUGAUCUCCAACACCAGCCUGAUUGGUAGAUUGGUAGAUUGCUAUAGCUGUGUAAUUUUCUGUUGUUGUUAGACAUUCAUUUUUGUAUUAAAUUGAUACUUUCAUGUUUAAAAAUAUCACAUAUCACAAUAAAUUGUUCUUAUUUUGUAAUGAAGAGAAGUGCUCAGUAAUUGGCAGGUUUAAUGUAGUAGAACAAGAAUCGUUUUGAGUAGUGAGUAUGUAAUUUUUUGAAAAUUGUAUAUUCGUUAUGAGUUUUUAAUGUUAAUUUCCUAAAUGUGACAGUUGCGUAGUGUAUCAUGUUCAUUCAAUCAAAUUUCUUAACAUACCAAAGCUUUUUAUGUAAAGUUGAGAUGCUUACAUUGCCAAAUUUGUGUUUGUGUAGUGACAACUCCAGUAGAUAGCAUUUAAUUUUCUCUUAAGUGUUUUUAUAACUUUAAAGUUAGAAUGUGUCGGACAGUGCUUUUGAGUGUCAAAGUUAAUUAUAAACAAAACAUUUGAUGUGGACAGUAAUGAUAACUUACACCCACAGUAAUGUUGACACACCACCCACAGAAAUGUUGACUUACACCCACAGUAAUGUUGACUUACACACACAGUAAUGUUGACUUACACACACAGUAAUGUUGACUUACACACACAGUAAUGUUGACUUACACCCACAGUAAUGUUGACUUACACACACAGUAAUGUUGACUUACACACACAGUAAUGUUGACUUACACACACAGUAAUGUUGACUUACACACACAGUAAUGUUGACUUACACCCACAGUAAUGUUGACUUACACCCACAGUAAUGUUGACUUACACCCACAGUAAUGUUGACUUACACACACAGUAAUGUUGACUUACACACACAGUAAUGUUGACUUACACACACAGUAAUGUUGACUAUUCUCACGGUAAUGUUGACUAUUCCACAGUAAUGUUGACUUACACACACAGUAAUGUUGACUUACACACACAGAAAUGUUGACUUACACACACAGUAAUGUUGACUUACACACACAGUAAUGUUUACUAUUCCACAGUAAUGUUGACUUACACCCACAUUAAUGUUGACUAUUCCACAGUAAUGUUGACUUACACACACAUUAAUGUUGACUAUUAUCACAGUAAUGUUGACUUACACACACAGUAAUGUUGACUAUUAUCACGGUAAUGUUGACUUACACCCACAUUAAUGUUGACUAUUCCACAGUAAUGUUGACUUACACACACAGUAAUGUUGACUAUUCCACAGUAAUGUUGACUUACACACACAGUAAUGUUGACUAUUCCACAGUAAUGUUGACUUACACACACAUUAAUGUUGACUAUUCCACAGUAAUGUUGACUUGUCUCACAGUAAUGUUGACUAUUCUCACGGUAAUGUUGACUUGUCACACAUUAAUGUUGACUAUUCCACAGUAAUGUUGACUUGUCUCACGGUAAUGUUGACUUGUCUCACAGUAAUCAGUAGAACUGUUCUGUUAUGUGUUAUGACUCUUAUAGAAUUGUUCAGUUGAAAAUUGAACAAUGAAUUAGAUUUCCUUAAUAAGAAAUGCAUUUUGUGGUAAUAUUAUAUGAACCAUAAAACAAAACCUGAUGAUUUAUAACAAGCUAUAAAGUAAGUAUGAUGGGGACUGCCUCUUCUGGUGUACAGUGUUGAUAAGGGACUACAGAUCACACGUCCAUUGAUCAGGGACUACGGAUACAGAUCACACGUCCAUUGAUCAGGGACUACAGAUACAGAUCACACGUCCAUUGAUCAGGGACUACAGAUACAGAUCACACGUCCAUUGAUCAGGGACUACGGAUCACACGUCCAUUGAUCAGGGACUACAGAUCACACGUCCAUUGAUCAGGGACUACAGAUACAGAUCACACGUCCAUUGAUCAGGGACUACGGAUCACACGUCCAUUGAUCAGGGACUACAGAUACAGAUCACACGUCCAUUGAUCAGGGACUACAGAUACAGAUCACACGUCCAUUGAUCAGGGACUACAGAUACAGAUCACACGUCCAUUGAUCAGGGACUACGGAUCACACGUCCAUUGAUCAGGGACUACAGAUCACACGUCCAUUGAUCAGGGACUACAGAUACAGAUCACACGUCCAUUGAUCAGGGACUACAUAUCACACGUCCAUUGAUCAGGGACUACAGAUCACACGUCCAUUGAUCAGUUACUACGGAUCACACGUCCAUUGAUCAGGGACUACAGAUCACACGUCCAUUGAUCAGUUACUACGGAUCACACGUCCAUUGAUCAGGGACUACAGAUACAGAUCACACGUCCAUUGAUCAGGGACUACGGAUCACAAGUCCAUUGAUCAGGGACUACAGAUACAGAUCACACGUCCAUCGAUCAGGGACUACAGAUACAGAUCACACAUCCAUUGAUCAGGGACUACAGAUCACACAUCCAUUGAUCAGGGACUACAGAUACAGAUCACACGUCCAUCGAUCAGGGACUUCAGAUACAGAUCACACAUCCAUUGAUCAGGGACUACAGAUCACACAUCCAUUGAUCAGGGACUACAGAUACAGAUCACACGUCCAUUGAUCAGGGACUACAGAUCACACGUCCAUUGAUCAGGGACUACAGAUCACACGUCCAUUGAUCAGGGACUACAGAUCACACGUCCAUUGCAUCCCAAUGCAUCAUGUUCGGGUUCCAGCAGACACCUGCUCUGAAUGUUUCAAAAUUUUGCCUAUAUCGACAACUCUAACCCUAUCUUCAGACCCCAGUAUGGUUUAUCAAGAUUAAAUAACUAUCUAUGCUUAUAUUUACAAGAAUUCUGUAUAACCAUGAUGGUUUUGAAACAGUUCAGCCAAGAGGACAAAUGUUCUUGACCACUUUAUUGCUUCGGCUUGAAUAAUUUAAGUACCCAUACCUUUUUGUUAACAACACCUAGAGGUCCCCUACAGUGCUAGAUGUGAAUAUCAAUUGAAAUUACAUAUAGAUACAUUCGGACAGCCCUGGCUGUAAAGUUAACCACAAUCUCAGUGAAAUGAUGAUGCUGAUAAAAGAUUUGGUCACAACAGUACUAUACUAUCAGUGGGCCUGAUCAUGGUGGUACACAAAUGGGACCACAAACAUGUUGGGGUAACAACAGUCCGAUCAGCUAAAUAAAAAAAUGGGAUACAAUUGUCGCUAUUAUUGUUACACUUGAAAUUCCAAAUUUCUAUUUAUGUCACUGUCAAUGUGGAUGUGAGAAUAUAAAAUCAUGUGCUGAAUUUAUUUUUUCAUUAUCCAGUGUUGUCAGAAAAAUGAUUUGAACUCCAUCAACUUAAAGUACAGCCAGUCUCUACCACCAUAACAAAAGUGGAAUGUGGCUUUCUGAUUGGGUCAUCAUCCACAGUUAAACAACAGUUUAGAAUCAGUACAAUAAUGCUGGAAAGUAUUUUGGUGGUUGGAAAUAGAAGUGUUACAAAAAGUGAGUUAAAAAAAAAAAAAAAAAAAA